AUCUAUCCUUUACAGCAAGGGUACCUAUGGUACCCGAAAACAACCAUGGCGUGGAAAACACUUCCCAUUUACCUGUUGUUGCUGCUGUCUGUUUUCGUGAUUCAGCAAGUUUCAUCUCAAGAUUUAUCAAGCUGUGCAGGGAGAUGUGGGGAAGGGUAUUCUAGAGAUGCCACCUGCAACUGUGAUUAUAACUGUCAACACUACAUGGAGUGCUGCCCUGAUUUCAAGAGAGUCUGCACUGUGGAGCUUUCCUGUAAAGGCCGCUGCUUUGAGUCCUUCGAGAGAGGGAGGGAGUGUGACUGCGACGCCCAAUGUAAGAAGUAUGACAAGUGCUGUCCUGAUUAUGAGAGUUUCUGUGCAGAAGUGCAUAAUCCCACAUCACCACCAUCUGCAAAGAAAGCACCUCCACCUUCAGGAGCAUCUCAAACCAUCAAAUCAACAACCAAACGUUCACCCAAACCACCAAACAAGAAGAAGACUAAGAAAGUUGUAGAAUCAGAGGAAAUAACAGAAGAACAUUCUGUUUCUGAAAAUCAAGAGUCCUCCUCCUCCUCCUCCUCUUCCUCUUCUUCUUCAACAAUUCGGAAAAUCAAGUCUUCCAAAAAUUCAGCUGCUAAUAGAGAAUUACAGAAGAAACUCAAAGGAAAAGAUAACAAGAAGAACAGAACUAAAAAGAAACCUACUCCCAAACCACCAGUUGUAGAUGAAGCUGGAAGUGGAUUGGACAAUGGUGACUUCAAGGUCACCACAACUCCUGCCACGUCUACCACCCAACACAAUAAAGUCACCACAUCUCCCAAGAUCACAACAGCAAAACCAAAAAAUCCCAGACCCAGUCUUCCACCUAAUUCUGAUACAUCUAAACAGAUAUCUUUGACAACGAAUAAAGAGACAACAGUUGAAACUAAAGAACCUACUACAACAAAUAAACAGACUUCAACUGAUGGAAAAGAGACUACUUCAGCUAAAGAGACACAAAGUGUCGAGAAAACAUCAGCUAAAGAUUUAGCACCUACAUCUAAAGUGCCGGCUAAACCUACACCCAAAGCUGAAACUACAACUAAAGGCCCUGCUCUUACCACCCCCAAGGAGCCUACACCCACCACUCCCAAGGAGCCUGCAUCUCCCACUAGCCACAAAAGCCCUGAUGAAUCAACUCCUGAGCUUUCUGCAGAACCCACACCAAAGGUUCUUGAAAACAGUCCCAAGAAACCCAGUGUACCUACAACUAAGACUCCUGCAGUGACUAAAUCUGAAAUGACUACAAUAGCUAAAGACAAGAUAACAGAAAGAGACAUACGUACUACACCUGAAACUACAACUGUUGCACCUAAGAUGACAAAAGAGACAGCAACUACAACAGAAAAAACUACCGAAUCCAAAAUAACAACUACAACCACAGAAGUAACAUCUACCACUACUCAAGAUACCACACCAUUCAAAAUUACUACUUUUAAAACAACUACUCUUGCACCCAAAGUAACUACUACAACAAAAAAGACAAUUACUACAACUGAGAUCAUGAACAAACCUGAAGAAACAGCUAAACCAAAAGAUAGAGCUACUAAUUCUAAAGCGACAACUGCUAAACCUCAAAAGCCAACCAAAGCACCCAAAAAGCCCACUUCUACCAAAAAGCCCACUUCUACCAAAAAGCCCACUUCUACCAAAAAGCCAAAAACAACACCUAGAGUGAGAAAACCAAAGACGACACCAACUCCCUCCAAGGUGACAUCAACAAUGCCAGAAUUGAACCCUACCUCAAGAGUAGCAGAAGCCAUGCUCCAAACCACCACCAGACCUAACCAAACUCCAAACUCCAAACUAUUUGAAGUAAAUCCAAAGAAUGAAGAUGCAGGUGGUGCUGAAGGAGAAACACCUCACAUGCUUCCCAGGCCCCAUGUGUUCACGCCUAUAGUUAUUCCCGGCAUGGAUUACUCACUGAGAGUACCCAAUCAAGGCAUUAUCAUCAACCCCAUGCUUUCCGAUGAGACCGAUAUAUGCAAUGGUAGGCCAGUAGAUGGACUGACUACUUUGCGCAAUGGGACAUUAGUUGCAUUCCGAGGUCAUUAUUUCUGGAUGCUAAGUCCAUUCAGUCCACCAUCUCCAGCUCGCAGAAUUACUGAAGUCUGGGGUAUUCCUUCCCCCAUUGAUACUGUUUUUACUAGGUGCAACUGUGAAGGAAAAACUUUCUUCUUUAAGGAUUCUCAGUACUGGCGUUUUACCAAUGAUAUAAAAGAUGCAGGGUAUCCCAAACCAAUUGUCAAAGGAUUUGGAGGACUAACUGGACAAAUAGUGGCAGCGCUUUCAAUAGCUAAAUACAAGAACCGGCCUGAAUCUGUGUAUUUUUUCAAGAGAGGUGGCAGUAUUCAGCAGUAUAUUUAUAAACAGGAACCUGUACAGAAGUGCCCUGGAAGAAGGCCUGCUCUAAAUUAUCCAGUGUAUGGAGAAACGACACAGGUUAGGAGACGUCGCUUUGAACGUGCUAUAGGACCUUCUCUAACACACACCAUCAGAAUUCACUAUUCACCCGUCAGACUGGCUUAUCAAGACAAAGGUUUCCUUCAUAAUGAAGUUAAAGUGAGUACACUGUGGAGAGGACUUCCAAAUGUGGUUACCUCAGCUGUAUCACUGCCCAACAUUAGAACACCUGAUGGCUAUGAUUACUAUGCCUUUUCUAAAGAUCAAUACUAUAACAUUGAUGUGCCUAGUAGAACAGCAAGAGCAAUUACUACUCGUUCUGGGCAGACCUUAUCCAAAGUCUGGUACAACUGUCCUUAGACUGAUGAGCAAAGGAGGAGUCAACUAAUGAAGAAAAGAAUAAUACAUUUUGACACUGAAAAACAUUUUAUUAAUAAAGAAUAUUGACAUGAGUAUACCAGUUUAUAUAUAAAAAUGUUUUUAAACUUGACAAUCAUUACACUAAAACAGAUUUGAAAAUC